CGACCGGGGCGGCGGGUUAGUCUGCAGGUUCGGGUCGUUUUGGCGCGGUUGGGUCCGGUGUGGUGCCAGGGGCUUGUACGGCUCUCACGCUCGCUGGGAACGGAGCACUGCUGUCUGUGAGUCCGAGGACGCGGGGGGUCGGCGGGCGAGUGCAACUCCGGUAUCGGCAUAGCCGGGUUGGCCCGAAGCCAGGCCUGCUUCUCAGCCACGGAGAACCGGCCGGUGGAGGCGAGGAUAUGAAGGGACCCAAGUCUGGGGACUGGGGACUUGAAGGGACCCGAGUCUCGGCCCUACAGCCAGGCAAAGCUGGGCGAGCUGAGAUGAGGGGCUGCGCCAUUGGUGGGCUGAGAAAUGAAUCUCAGUAUGAAGCAGAAACAGGAAGGAGCCCAAGAGAACGUGAAGAGUAGUCCUGUCCCAAGGAGAACGCUGAAGAUGAUCCAGCCUUCUGCAGCUGGGUCUCUUGUUGGCAGAGAAAAUGAGUUGCCAAAAGGCUUGUCCAAAAGGAAACUUUGGGAUGACCAGUUAACAUCUAAGAUUUCAAGCUGUGGUCCUGAAGCCAAUGAAAAUAACAGUGUUGGAGACCUCACCCAGGAAGCAUGUGAUCUUAUGACUAAAGAAAACCCAUCUUCUCAGUAUUGGAAAGAAGUGGCAGAACAACGGAGGAAAGCUCUCUAUGAAGCACUUACGGAGAACGAGAAACUUCAUAAAGAAAUUGAGCAGAAGGACAGUGAGAUUGCCCGCCUGAGAAAGGAGAAUAAAGACCUGGCAGAAGUGGCUGAGCACGUACAGUACAUGGCAGAGGUAAUCGAGAGGCUGAGUAAUGAACCUCUGGAUAACUUUGAAUCACCGGAUAGUCAAGAAUUUGAUUCUGAAAAAGAAACUGUUGAGUAUUCUGAACCGGAAGACUCAGACACUGGGACAUGUGCUGAAGAGACUGUGUCUUCCUCUUCCGAUGGCACGGCGUGUACAUGAGAUGUGACUGCCCUUUGGUAUAGCUCUUGGUAAAUUAACUACAUGGUGCAAGUGCUGGAAUCCAGGAGUCCUGGGGUUACUAAUACAUUAAAAACAGAUAGUAUGUAUUUUUAACCUGUUUUAUGUAAAUAACAUUUUCAUUUUUGUCAGUGUCAGAUGUGAAUUGUGUAUAUUAAAUAAACUUCAACUUCCUAUUGAACAUUUAU